AUGGCCGCCCGCGCCGAGACGCAGGAAGCGCGCCACACACAAGAUGGCUGUCCCCGCCGAGGGGCAGGAAGCCACUUUCCCCGGAAGCGCCACGCUCAAGAUGGCGGCGCCCCGGGACGGUGCCCGGCAGGGGCCAGGCGGCGGCGGCGCAUGCGCGUGGUGGAGCUGGGCCGCGCCGCAGUGACUAAGAUGGAGGCCGCGGGAAUGGUGUCGGUGCCGUGGGCCGGGGGCCGCGCUCCGGGACAACUUUGCGCGCUGCGGGCCGGGCCUGGGCCGGGGUUGCAGCUGGACCUGGACCUCCAGGCCGGCGGCGGGGAGGUGGUGGCGGCCGACACGCUGGGCUCCUACGGGUCGCUUGCCCGCUUCCGCAACAUCUCGCGCAUCAUGAAGGUGAACGACAACACGGUGCUGGGGGCGUCCGGAGACUACGCCGACUUCCAGUACCUCAAGCAGGUCAUCGACCAGAUGGUAAUCGACGAGGAGCUGCUGGGCGACGGGCACAACUACAGUCCAAAGGCCAUUCAUUCCUGGCUGACCCGAGCCAUGUACAGCCGGCGAUGCAAGAUGAACCCACUCUGGAACACCGUUGUUAUUGGAGGCUUCUACAAUGGCGAGAGUUUCCUAGGUUAUGUGGACAUGCUGGGUGUUGCCUAUGAAGCCCCUACGCUGGCGACAGGGUAUGGAGCUUACCUAGCUCAGCCGCUGAUGAGGGAAGCUCUGGAGAAGAAACCCAUCCUGACGAAGGAGGAGGCGCAGGACCUGAUUGAGCGCUGCAUGAAAAUCCUCUACUACCGGGAUGCCCGGUCGUUCAAUCGAUUUCAAAUCGCUGUCGUAACAGAAAAAGGAGUGGAAGUGGAAGAACCUCGCUCUGUUGAAACCAACUGGGACAUAGCACAUCUCAUCCGGGGCUUUGAAUGAGCACUGAAGAACGAGCACUCCAGGCUGCCAGCUCUGCAGUCUCCCUUUGCAUCCUAUAAUCAGUUAUUUCUGCUGAUGCUGUAAUCCACCUCGAUGUGGAAGUUUUGUAAAUGAAGUAAACUUGUUGAAACAUGUUGGUUUCUUUGCACUGUCAA